AUGAACACCGUUUUCUUUUCCCUCUGCACAGUCGGCAUCUUUUUCAUUUCGCAGACAUCAGCCACAUGUGGAACGUUGGCCCCAAAAGUCGCCAAUUCGAAUGUCAAAUUCGGAGCUGGAGGGCCAUUUUUCGCAAGUUGUGGAGCGGGGCAAAUUUGCUACAAUUUCAUGGGAACCGAUCAAUGUUUCAAUUGUGCUGACGCUUCAGGAAGUUGCUCUAACUGGAACACGAACGGUUUGUGUGCCUCCUCUUUCUACACAUCGCAAUACAAGCGAUCCUAUUGCCCGAGAACUUGUGGCUUGUGUUCGACGUUGUCG